AUGGCUACGUUCGCGAGUCUUCCUGCUGAGUUACGUCUAGAGAUCUGGGAUCUUGCGUUACACCAGGAAGCACGCGAUCGCUUACUUAUAAUUGGCCAAACCAAGAAUGCCCCCAUCACUAAUGAGUCGCCGCUCUGUCUCAUACCCCUCAAGCACCACGCAAGCUCACUUCUCUCGGUCAAUUCCGAGAGUCGCUAUCAAGCCAAGGCUUUCUACACAGCCAAGCUUGAUGUCUACGAAGUCCCUCGUCUCUCAAAAGAAGACGUCGGUCGUAACAGCAAAUGUUCAUAUCAAGUGCAAUACAUCAACAAAGCCAUUCAAACUGCUAGCGUAGUAAAGGGCUCUAUCUAUCUUAGCCCGCGAUAUGAUUUUUUCGUCUCGAUUCGAGGCAUUGAUACAUUCCCGUAUCUCCAGGAAGAAAAGAAAGAAGAGUUGCCCGACAAGCAACAGGAAACUCAAGAAGCCCCCCGCCAUUAUGUCACAGCGAAGAUACCACCGGAGAUCGCCAUGAAAGUCCGUAACGUUGUCUGUAUACAAAAGAACCUAGACAGAGACGACGACUUUUACGAUUGGUGGUGGACAGACACGUACAUGGAGAACCUCUUAUACAACCGGGAGGAGCUCGUGCGAUAUCUAUGCGUCCCACCAUUCCGACCCCGUUUAUAUGGACCCGUUUACGUCAAAUACCUCUGGAGAGCAUCCGAUUUCAAGCAGAUACAGAAUUACCUGCAUCUAUGGCUACCGCAAGAAGAAUUAGAAGGGUUUAUUUCCAACGUGAUCGAAAAUCGUGGUCGCGGCUCUUACGAUUUUCGGGAAUGGUCACUACAUCCGGCUAAUCGUAUUCCCAAGUUGGUAUUACUCGAUCUAAACGAGGAGCCGCAAAAGCAAGAUGAAGAUUGUGCACCAGUUGAGGCGCAAAUCAAGACCUUAUGA